GAGAAACACACACGCCCACAACAUUGUUUUAUUAGGCCUACACCAUUAUGAAAUUAUAAAAGUGCUGUGAACUAAUUAAGAUAUAAUUUCGCCAAAACCUUGGCAGGUUUGAACGGAAUUGGGUGGGUGGGCGUCUUUGAAAUUGUUGUGAAAUUGUCAUGUAUGCUGUAUUUCGCAAUAUUCCAUGGAUUGGAUGGUUACCGGAAUAACUGGAAUUUAAACAAUGAGUCACGCGAUUUUAAAAAAGUGACCUUUCUCCACGAACAGAAAGACUAAAAAUGCUUUCAGUUUUUCACAUAUCUACAUUGGCGAAAGGAUUCAACUAGGACAGGUGCCUUCUCCAGUCCACCCUGUGCUAUUGCCUAGAGGGUGAGGAGACAGUUGUGACAAUCGCUUUCACGAUAUGUGAGGCAAAGGUCCGAAGGAGGAAUCGGUCAAACUGUUGCUGAACACAAAGCUCGUGUUACUAUGGAGAUUCAGAGGAACGGAUUCAAAAGACAAAGUUACAUUCUCUCUGUUGACGUGGGGACAACAUCGAUCAGAUGUCACGUUUUCGACAAGGAAGCCCAGAUUCGAGGAUCAUGCACCACCAAGGUGAAUCUCUUGUAUCCUGAACCGGGCUUGGUCGAGUUGGACCCCGAAGAGCUGUGGAGAGGAUUCGUUAAGGUGGUGAAUGGUGCUGUGCAAGACUCAGGUUUACAGAUGCGUCAGAUGGAGACCCUGGGCAUCUCCACUCAGAGAGGCACCUUCACCACGUGGGACAGGAAAACAGGAGUUCCCUUUCACAACUUCAUCAGCUGGCAGGACUUGAGGGCAGUGGAACUGGUGAGGUCCUGGAACAACUCCUGCACCAUGAAGGCAAUCCACGGCGUUAUGAUGGUGCUGCACUUCCUGUCCAAAAAUAAGCGCUUUCAGGCAGCCAGCCUCAUUGUCUUCUCCACCCAACACGUCACCUUCCGCCUGGCCUGGGCCCUUCGACACUGGAAACAGUUAAGUCAAGCAGUAACAGAGGGCACCUGCUGCUUUGGGACGAUAGACACCUGGUUGCUUUAUAAGCUCACAAAAGGAUUGGUCCAUGCCACAGACUACUCUAAUGCCAGUGCCACUGGGAUGUUUGAUUCGUACCAGUUGUGUUGGAGUGAAUUCCUCUGCUCUCUCGUCUCGCUGCCUCUAUCCAUCCUCCCCAAAGUACUGAACACUGGCCACCUCUUUGGCUCAACAGAUCCCUCCAUCUUUGGGGUGUCGAUCCCUAUUAUGUCUGUUAUGGCAGACCAGCAGGCGGCCAUGUUUGGUGAGUGCUGCUUCGACAUCGGUGAUGUGAAGAUCACCAUGGGAACGGGCACCUUCAUGAACAUCAACACUGGGAGCAAGCCACACACGUCUGUGGCCGGUCUCUACCCUGUUGUGGGGUGGAAGAUUGGCCCAGAGGUAGUGUAUCUAGCAGAGGGCAAUGCAGCAGACACUGGCACAGCCAUUAAGUGGGCACAGGAGCUGGAGCUGUUCUCAGAUGUACGGGAGACAGAUGCCAUGGCCAACAGUGUGGCCAACUCGGAUGGUGUGUGCUUCGUUCCCUCGUUUAGUGGCCUGCAGGCCCCUUUAAACGAUCCCAAAGCAUGCGCCUCUUUCAUGGGCCUAAAACCAUCCACAACCAAGAGUCACCUGGUCCGAGCCAUUCUGGAGUCUGUUGCAUUUAGGAACAAGCAGCUGUAUGAGACGAUGCUUAGAGAAACACACAUUCCCAUCAGGAAGAUCAGGGCAGACGGUGGCAUUUGUACCAAUGACUUUGUCAUGCAGCUGACGGCGGACCUGUUUGGCAGGAAGGUCGCUCGGCCGACCCAACACGAAAUGUCCUGCCUGGGGGCAGCCUUCGUGGCUGGACUGGAAGUUGGCUUCUGGAAGAGUCAGGAGGAGCUGAAGAAACUACAGCGCACUGACCGAGUCUUCCUACCCCGGAAUUUGUACAGAAUGGGUGAUGGGGGCACGGAGGGCGAGUACACACCCAUUCUGCAGAGAUGGGAACAGGCGCUGAAACGCUCCAUGAACUGGUACGGCAAUCCCUGAGGCUCGCAGGACAGUGAGACGGACGUAGGCUUACAGUUGGGUGGACGGACAGACGGGACCUCUGGUGCUGCUAACCGAAGCCCAAUGACUGCCUCUAUGAUGUCUGACCUCUCAGUAGUAUCUCAUUCUCUCUGUCUAUGGGUUGGCCAGAUGGGAAAAUACUUAUUUUUAUUUUUUGUUAAAUCGUAUUAUUCGAAGUAAACACUUAUCUGACAUUACUAGAUCUGUAAAAUGUAGUAAAAUCCAACUGUGUUAUAUUAGUGACUAUGUCAAGGAAGGAAGGAUAGGACGAAGGAGGAUGCAUUUGAAAAAUAUUGGAACUGUGUUUUAGGACCGAGUGGACCUCUAAUGCUGUUGAACCUUAUGACCUUCUGACUUGAGGCCCUGGCCAGGCGCUCAAUAUUAUCCCAUACAACCUUACCUAACUCAUUACAGCACACGAGGAAAAUGGUUUUUGAACGUUUCACGACUGUGAACUAAACUGUCUUUCUCGUAGUAGCCUCUCCCUGUUCCAGUGUUUUCAUUGUGUCUGCUGGACACCACCCAGGUGUCUCGUCUCUCCCUGUUCCAGUGUUUUCAUUGUGUCUGCUGGACACCACCCAGGUGUCUCGUCUCUCCCUGUUCCAGUGUUUUCAUUGUGUCUGCUGGACACCACCCAGGUGUCUAGUCUCUCCCUGUUCCAGUGUUUUCAUUGUGUCUGCUGGACACCACCCAGGUGUCUCGUCUCUCCCUGUUCCAGUGUUUUCAUUGUGACUGAUGGACACCACCCAGGUGUCUAGUCUCUCCCUGUUCCAGUGUUUUCAUUGUGUCUGAUGGACACCACCCAGGUGUCUCGUCUCUCCCUGUUCCAGUGUUUUCAUUGUGACUGAUGGACACCACCCAGGUGUCUAGUCUCUCCCUGUUCCAGUGUUUUCAUUGUGUCUGAUGGACACCACCCAGGUGUCUCGUCUCUCCCUGUUCCAGUGUUUUCAUUGUGUCUGAUGGACACCACCCAGGUGUCUCGUCUCUUCCUGUUCCAGUGUUUUCAUUGUGUCUGAUGGACACCACCCAAGUGUCUAGUCUCUCCCUGUUCCAGUGUUUUCAUUGUGUCUGAUGGACACCACCCAGGUCUAGUACUGGAAUAGAGAUGAGCUACAAGAGAACUGAACCAAACCAUGUGACCUCAGGUGGUUACUAUCCACCCAUGCUAGAACCAAUGGAUUCCCAUUGAGACCAAUACUCUGUGGAUUCCCAUUGAGACCAAUACUCUGUGGAUUCCCAUUGAGACCAAUACUCUGUGGAUUUCCAGUGAGACCAUAAAUACACGGUUUAUGAGAUACAAGAUUGGCUCACCUUCUGUGGGCCUUCAUAUAUAUUUUUGUGUUAUUAUUUAAAAUUGGAAUCAUAAACUAUAAGCAAAUUACAGUAUAUUAAUUCUUAUGGUCAUAAAUUGAAUGAAUGGUCCCUUCUCAGAUAUCAGCAGUAACUGCUCUCUACGGUGUACUCUCUCUAUUGCCUGGUUGGUUACCCCGACUCCCUGCUCUGGUCAAACGCUUACGCCAGGCCUGCUGACGUUAAUUUCUUCUCCGAGUCUGGAUCUGAGUACCUCCCUGACAAGAUCUAGAAUAUAAACGCAUUUGAACUGUUCUGACCCUGAAUAAAAACCUACAUGGACCUUAAAGUGGCAGGUAGCCUAGUGGUUAGAGUUGGACCUUAAAGUGGCAGGUAGCCUAGUGGUUAGAGUUGGACCUUAAAGUGGCAGGUAGCCUAGUGGUUAGAGUUGGGCCUUAAAGUGGCAGGUAGCCUAGUGGUUAGAGUUGGGCCUUAAAGUGGCAGGUAGCCUAGUGGUUAGAGUUGGGCCUUAAAGUGGCAGGUAGCCUAGUGGUUAGAGUUGGGCCUUAAAGUGGCAGGUAGCCUAGUGGUUAGAGUUGGGCCUUAAAGUGGCAGGUAGCCUAGUGGUUAGAGUUGGGCCUUAAAGUGGCAGGUAGCCUAGUGGUUAGAGUUGGGCCUUAAAGUGGCAGGUAGCCUAGUGGUUAGAGUUGGGCCUUAAAGUGGCAGGUAGCCUAGUGGUUAGAGUUGGGCCUUAAAGUGGCAGGUAGCCUAGUGGUUAGAGUUGGGCCUUAAAGUGGCAGGUAGCCUAGUGGUUAGAGUUGGGCCUUAAAGUGGCAGGUAGCCUAGUGGUUAGAGUUGGGCCUUAAAGUGGCAGGUAGCCUAGUGGUUAGAGUUGGACCUUAAAGUGGCAGGUAGCCUAGUGGUUAGAGUUGGGCCUUAAAGUGGCAGGUAGCCUAGUGGUUAGAGUUGGGCCAGUAGCCCAAAUGUUGCUAGAUCGAAUCUAUGAUCUGACAAGGUAAAAAAAUCUGUCGUUCUGUAAAUAAGAAUUUGUACUUAACUGACUUUCUUAGUAAAAUAAAUAAAUAAAGCAAUAUGUGUCCCUCGCCUUUUCAGUUCGCUGCAGCUGGUGACUGGAACGAGCUGCAGCAAACACUCAAACUAGACAUUUUGUUUCUCUCAUUAUCUUCAUUCAAAGACUCAAUCAUGGACACUCUUCCUGACAGUUGUGGCUGUUUGUGUGAUGUAUUGUUGUCUCUACCUUCUUGCUCUUUGUGCUGUUGUCUGUGCCCAAUAAUGUUUGUACCGUGUUUUGUGUUGCUACCAUCAUUGUGUUGCUACCAUCGUUGUGUUGCUACCAUCGUUGUGUUGCUACCAUCGUUGUGUUGCUACCAUCGUUGUGUUGCUACCAUCGUUGUGUUGCUACCAUCGUUGUGUUGCUACCAUCGCUGUGUUGCUACCAUCGUUGUGUUGCUACCAUCGUUGUGUUGCUACCAUCGUUGUGUUGCUACCAUCGUUGUGUUGCUACCAUCGUUGUGUUGCUACCAUCGUUGUGUUGCUACCAUCGUUGUGUUGCUACCAUCGUUGUGUUGCUACCAUCGUUGUGUUGCUACCAUCGCUGUGUUGCUACCAUCAUUGUGUUGCUACCAUCAUUGUGUUGCUACCAUGCUGUGUUGCUACCAUCGUUGUGUUGCUACCAUCGUUGUGUUGCUACCAUCGUUGUGUUGCUACCAUGCUGUGUUGUCAUGUGCUGUUGCCUUGCUAUGUUGUCUUAGGUCUCUCUUUUAUGUAGUGUUGUCUCUCUUGUCGUGAUGUGUGUUUUUGUCCUAUAUUUAUUUUUUUAUUAAAAAUAUAUAUUUUUAAUCCCAGUCCGUCCCCGGCCUUUUUGCUUUUUGGUAGGCCGUCAUUGUAAAUAAGAAUUUGUUCUUAACUGACUUGCCUAGUUGAAUAAAUCAAUAAAAAAAAUAAACAUAGAGAGAAAUAACAUAUUGGAAGUCAUGUAAAGGCUCUAUAAAGGCUCAUACAUACUUAUAACAAGAUAUAAAGCAUUAUACUGAAAGUAUGAAGUAAAUUAUUACACAAUCUUUUAAUCAGUCAGUGUUGGUAGACCGUGUCAGUGCCUCAUUGCAGUGCCCCCCUUGUCCAGGAGAGGGAGCUAGUCACUGCUUUUCAACAGAGUUCAGGAACACCAUGGACAAUUCUAUGCCUAUGAUGCAUAUACUGUACGCAGGGUUGGCUCUCAAAAGGCUUCCUCUCCUUGUCUCCUCUCCUCUGUCUCCGCACUAAUACGAGGGUCGUGUACGGUGGUAGGCCACUGGGGCACUUGUUUUCACUGAUCCAGAACUUUUUCAGCGCAGCGUAAUGAACGAAGGAAAGGUGACAAGGAGACUUGAUAGGAUUUGAUAGAAUUACAUAAUAUAAUACUUUUGAGAAUCAACCCUCAUUUGCCUGCAUGCUUGAAUCGGAAACGCUUGUUUUUAUGUAUGUUUAAUGUUCUUACAGACACUGAUUAUUGUGAUUGUGGUUUACAUGAAUUGGAAAGACUUUAACUGUUAUUGGAAAGGAAUAUUGCACAGUGUUACUUUAUCCCCGUGUACACUUAUGAACUAAGAGAAAGUAUCUGUUGUCCAUGUUUCUGGCAUUUCAAUGGAUUGAGUGCUUCCAACAGCCUACAUGGAGAUUGUGCUGCUUAAUUCUGGCCCUUAUGGGCCACCAUACCCUAAUGUACUAUUGGAUAUUUGUGACAUUUUUACAAAUGUAUUUUGUAUUGCUGUCCAUCUCUCUCCAUUUCUGUUGUCUGCCUACCUUUUUUUCCCUAAAGAACAUCAAAUGCAGGAGAUUACAUGUUAACAAAUAGGAUGCUGAUGUUUUAACACUUGAACAAGACUAUUUGAAACCCUACUCUUUAUGGAUAACUGUUGUUAAAAGAGUUGCCAAGUACUUACUUGUAAGCACGAUACAUUUUUGAUUUGUCUAUACAUCGUUAACCAUUUAUCUGUGGAUACAAUUGGGAGAAUAGUGUUGUGUAAUAAUGGUUACACGGUUUAAUAGUAACAUUAAAAACUUAUAUGAUAUAAA